AUGUCGCAGCACAGCACCGGAUCUAGCAGUAGCAACAGGCGGCCCCGUUCCCGCUCAGAGGGUACAAUGGACCCAAAUCCUGGUGAACAGAAUCCCCUACAAAGAGCAUCAACAUUAGCAAAUGUUCAACAGCCAACAAUCCAGGAGCAAAUACAAAUAGACGAAUCUAAAGUAAAUCCAUCUAGCAAUGCGCCAAAUGAAGAAGCAUCAAUUCAACAGACUGAAACAAUCGAGGCUUCAUCUAGUCAACUGACGAGAGGACACAUGAGUCCCUCAAGCCGCACCAUACCAAAUCCAAUUACUUCGGUUGAAGAAAGUAGCUCCGGCUCUGGUAUUUGA